UCUUUGCAGUAGCGCGCAUAAGGAAGAAGAUUGAUUGCGGCCAGAACAACUCCAGGCCUCCACCAAGAAGGACGGAGGCUCCCGAUGACUUCGACGGUGACCGCUACUACUCUAGGUUAAUAGAAGACCUGGUGCUCUAGAGCGAAUGAAGAUUGAUUGCGGCUGGCAGAUUGAGGCGGCCACAGUCUGCAUAGAGAGAUUCUCCCUGUGUACACUUCAUCGCACGAACAAAUUAAUCUCCCUCGAUGCAAGCUUUCCUCGUCCUCUCUAUGCCAGAGAGAUUCAUCGGGGACAAUGCUAGGUUUAGGGCACACCGGCCAACUCGAGAAGAGAAGAAAUUGAGGAUUUGUAGUUUGGAUUUGGGAACUUUUCAUGUUCAUAUUCUUUAUGGAAUGCUUCGUAUGUACUGUGCUGUCCAGAUGCUCCAAUCAAACCAAUCUGCCUGACUCUGAUGCAUGACAAGGCAGUUAAAAGAAUUAGAAACAAAUACAUGACCUCGGUCAAAACCGGCCCCAAAUGAGUACUUAUAUAAGCACUUCGAGAGGUCACUACAACUACACCCAAACAAAUUGAGAGUGAUAUAUCUUAGUGAAAAUUUUGAUACCAAGAUCAGAGUUGUUGCUUACAUGUCCUGAGUACUCGAAUCUGCAUUUAAUUUACUGCACUUGAUGGAGCGGAUGGGCUCAAUAGACAUGCUUUUCUCAGUGAACUGGUAUUUUCAUUUUUUACUUUAAUAUGUUUUUCUAUUUUUUCAUGCCUUUAUAUAAAGCAUGCACUUUUGGCACUUAUAUUUAUGUGAAAUUCAUUCUCACCUUGUUAACUCCAUAUCAGUCCUAAAACCUUGAAGUUUUUCUUUUGCUGCUCUGAGCGAGCUAACCUUUACGGGAAGUGUUCUUUUGUUGCUACCAAAGAAUAGAGGAUUAAAACAGGUUCUUCUACUGCCUUUUGAUUUAUUUUUUCGUAGUUCAGCUCAUUCUUACAUGUGUAUUCAAUCUAGGAACUCAACAACUGGGGACUGGCUCUGCAGGUAUCUCCAAAGAGUCACCAUUUAUUUCUGUUCAAUUUGUGUUCAAUCUGUCAGAAGUGAAUUCAUACAGCUGUCUUUCAUAGUUUUUGUACUUUUGUUUCCUUGGCUCCAAGCAUGAUAUCUGUAAUCUAUAUCUCAUAUCUGCAAUCACCACCAUUCAGUCAAGUUUUCAAAGGUGGGCAGUGUUGAUUGUGAGCCAUGGGGAUCCCCUUCAAAUUCUGCAGACAUUUCUUGGGGCGGCGCUUCAAGGAGAGAAUUCCGCUACGGAUGACUGCAGUCAAAAAUUGGCAUCAAUGAUAGCAGCCGUAACAGUCUCAUCUGUUCUCUCCCAGCAUAGGAAGUUUUUUCUUGGCACUCGAGAAUUGCGUGCACUUCCAUAAGUUAUUUACCCUUUCAUUACAAAAAUGUAUUGUCUAUUUAAAUUUAUACAACGUUGAAAUUAUCAGAACCCAAUGUGCUCACUUACCAUACAAAAUGUAAAGGUUGGAGUUCUUGCAUCUAGAAGUCUGAUUUAGCUUUAUGUACAUCUCAUGUUCUUAGUCACUUAAAAAAGGGGGAGCUUAGCUUUUUUAAAGGCUAACUGUUAUCAUCAUUCAGCAUUCAUUCAGCUCCCUAUUACCUACUUUACUAUUUGAAUACCUCCUUUAAUUUGACUAAUCUUGGUGUUGGAUAAUUACAAUUAUUUACCUUGGUGCUAUGUACACAACAUGUAUACAUGAACAUGUACAACUGCUGCAUCGAUACAAUUGUUAUGUGCUCGCUCAGAAGCUACACAAGCUGUCACCUUUUGCUGUAAAGGCCAUAAACUUAACAAUUGCUUUUCCAAAGUGUUAUUUGGUUAUCUCUUACACACACUCUCUCCAGAAUGUUAUUUGGUUUUUCUCUCACACUCUCUAUCUCUCUCAUGCAUUGUACUUUUUUUUACUAAAUUCUCUAUUAUCGAAGGUGAUAAGUGAUCUUUUUAAUACUUCUCCAAUCAUGCAUUUUGUUAUUGUUAUCACAGGUGACAAGUUGAUUUCAAUGGGGAAAAGGGAGCACGUGUUGUUGAUUACUUCCAUAAGAGUACUAUUGUCGGGGCUUGGCACUUAACGAUUGUUUUAUGUCCUAUAGACCGUGCUUUAUCUCAAUUCUAGCUAUAAUUGUAACUUGUGUUUUGUUUUUUGAGUUGUACUUAAUUACAUUUAUGAUUUCCGGGGUAUGCCCCUAUGAAUCAUGUACAUUCAUAUGAAAUCUUGAAAUAUAAAUAAAAUGUUUGAGAUUUUGGUUAAUG